AUGUAUGAAUACGACGUUUCUGUAAUUAUUCCCGCACGGAAUGCGGAGAAAUUCUUGCGGGAGACGUUGAAUGGUCUCUUGGCACAAACGGCUGUCGAGAAUGCGAGAAUUGAGAUCUGUCUAGCCGAUGACGGAUCUUUGGACGACACUGUCCGAAUCCUCGAGAAUUCCCGUCUGGAAUUCGAGGAACUCGGUAUGAAAGUAGUCGUUUCUCAUGUCUCUCAACCAGGAGGCGUCGGUGCGGCGAAAGAUUGUGCAGUCCGUUCGUCUCGGGGGCGUUAUUUGUGUUUUAAUGAUGCAGAUGACGUCAGCACUCCUGAUAGAAUCAGAUGUCAGUUGGAGAUGGCGAGGCGGCUUUCGAAAUCCAGUGAUGAUCUUGUUUUUGUCCCUGAAGACGUGGUGAUGUACCGUUAUCAUCCGGAUUGUGCAUCUCAUAGUGUCACCGAACAAACCAUCUGGAAUUUCCGUCUGAAACGACUCAAAGAGCAAUACAUUGCGAAAUGGGAUAAAUUCACGAUUUGGAGUGCUGGGAAGCAGGGAAAACGACUUUUUAAAUGUCUAGACGAUGAUGAGAAGCUGAAAGUACGAGAGUUUUGUGAUAUUGACGAAUCGAAAAUCGGGCGAGGAAUUCAUGAGGAAUUCGAUGAAAAACAGAGAAUUGUCACUCAUAAAGUGCCGAUUGUCAAUAUUGAAACCGCGAAGCCGCCACUAAUCGUUUGUGUCAAAUUAGACUUGACACACGGCGAUUUGGAGAGAAUCAUCGAGCGGAAGAAGUGGAGAGAGCACGUCGAUUUGGUUUAUUUCGGAUGA